ACUUCACAUCUAAUGGCCAGCAAUGCAACGAUAUCUCGGGCCCAAUGGGCUGAGGGAUCACCUACCGAAAAAGCGGGCCCUUUCGUAAAGGAUCGCUUGCACGCUCUCAUCAGUGCCACGAGCAGUGAACGCUCGACAGCCAAGGACGGUAAUCCUGAAAUGACAGCAGCCAGUUCGUCACGGCCGAGUCACAGUGGUAGCCAGCAGGGACAUGUGCUGCCAUCGGGCUCAUAUGCGCGGCUUUUGCAAGGCGUUCUCAUUGACGGCGGUGGCUGAUCAAUUUCUUCUGUUUCUGCUAUUCGCAACUAGCGUUUUUUGUCCUCAGAUAUAGCGAAAUCUGAAGACGACAUUUGCGACACUGUAUACGACUCUGUGCAGAGUGCGUGACUGUUGGUCGCCAGCUCGUGGGACAUUGUGAAGGCCCGCAAGGAUCGUGGAAAUGAGAUAAAGCUGUCGUCAAGUGCUUCUCGUCGAUACUAUCAUACAUCUACUAAUACAAC